UCCGCGUCUCGUCCGGUCGCAUCUCUCUCACACCCCGGCCUCCGUGCGUUCACCAGCGGCCUGGCGUGAAGGAACUUCCCUUAAGGGGGGGGGGACCUGCCUCGCCUUCGACCCAGCACCUCCCAUCUCCACCUUUUUGCUACGGAAGAUCUGAACAGUUUGGUGACAGUAACUGCUUGCAGCCCAUUUGAGGACACCAUUGCGCGCUGGGUUGCGGUCUCUUCGGUGAUGCCUCCAGACUGGAGCCGCUCCGGGACGCACGCGCACCUGAACCCGACAGGUUCACCGCUUUUACGCAACCGACAAAAUAAAGGUCAACUGAACUUUCUGGGGCAGAAUUAGUCGGGAGGUCAGAUGGACGGAUCGUUUGCGUUCACACGGUUUCAUCUCACCGGUUAGACGGAACCACACGAUGCCGCCUGCGCCCCUGAGGUUACUGUGUCUGUGGCUGUGCAGCGAGGCCGUCGUGAGUCAACUCCACUGGCAGAAAUCAAAGGCCACCUUCAGUCCUCAUUACGAAUCCGCCGCCGCCGAUGGGAAUGCGCAGAGCCGGGGAUGGCGCACAGUACGCGCGGCGGACAACGAGGGGACGCGAGGUCGGAGUUCGCGGGCCUCGUGGCCUGAUACUGUAAACCGGCCGUCCCAGGAGCUGCUGCCGACAGAGGUGCACCGGCGAGCUGUGCGUAAAAGUGACGCGCAAAAUGGACACGGACAGGAGGCUUUACACACGGGUGGAGACGAAACCGGCGAGCCGCGGAGAGGCGGGUGCGUUCAAGGAGAAAUACUCCAACACACCCGACACGGAUCCACCUGCGUCCCCGCGAGCACCGGACACAGCCGGCGACAGAGGUGGAGCGCAAAGCCCGGCAGGAUGAACCACAGCGGGCCGCUGCGGGACGGAGCCGCGGCCGCUUGGGAGGCUCUGCCCGCGGCCAUGGCACAGGAGCAAGAGGCCGGGCCGCCCGACGGACUCAACACAAGUGACUACGAGGAGGAGUACUCUCUGCCGGACUUCCCCGAGCCCUCGCCGCUCGCGCCGGUGAACACGCGCACCAGACGCAGGCAGGUGAGGAACCCGUUCUUCCCGGUCACUGCGGAGACCUGGGGGGCAUACGUGGUCACGAUCCUCGCCGUCGUCAUCUUCAGCCUGGGGAUCCUCGGCAACGUGUCCGUCAUGUGCAUCGUGUGCCACAACUACUACAUGCGGAGCAUCUCCAACUCGCUGCUGGCCAACCUCGCGCUCUGGGAUUUCGUCAUCGUCUUCUUCUGCCUGCCGCUCGUCGUGUUCCACGAGCUCACCAAGAACUGGCUGCUGGGAGAGUUCUCGUGCAGGAUCAUCCCAUACCUGGAGGUGGCAUCUCUCGGGGUCACGACCUUCACACUGUGCGCUUUGUGCAUCGAUCGCUUCCGGGCCGCCAACAAUGUGCAGAUGUACUACGAGAUGAUCGAGAACUGGGCGUCCACCGCUGCCAAGCUCGCCGUCAUAUGGGUGGGCGCUCUGCUGCUGGCACUACCUGAGCUGCUGAUACGACAGCUGGUCACCGAGGACGGCGACCCGCCCGACGUGGCACCGUGUGAGCGCUGCGUGGUCCGGAUCUCCACGGAGCUCCCGGACACGCUGUACGUCCUGGGACUCACCUAUGAUGGCGCGAGACUCUGGUGGUACUUCGGCUGCUACUUCUGCCUGCCUACGCUGUUCACCAUCUGCAGCUCUCUGCUCACCGCUCGCAAGAUCCGCCAAGCCGAGAGGGCCUGCGUGCGCGGCAGCAAGAAGCAGAUCCAGCUCGAAAGCCAGAUGAACUGUGCAGUGGUGGCGCUGGCCAUCCUCUACGGCUUCUGCAUCAUCCCGGAGAACAUCUGCAACAUCAUCAGCGUGUACAUGGCCGCCAGCAUCCCCAGGAGAGCCCUGGACAUCCUGCAUCUCGUCAGCCAGCUGCUGCUCUUCUGUAAGUCUGCCGUGACGCCGGUGCUGCUGUUCUGCCUGUGCCAGCCUUUCACCAAAGCCUUCCUGGACUGCUGCUGCUGCUGCUGUGAAGAGUGCGGCUCACCCGGAGCCACCACCGCCGGCGACACCGACAACGAGUGCGCCACCACCGAGCUGGAGAUGUCGCCGUUCAGCACCAUCCGCGGGGAGGCGUCCACCUCUUCCACCUACGCAGCUGUGGGGACACACUGCUGAGGUCAAAGGUCAAAGGUCAGCAGCAUUAAGCAGACCUGGCUCUGGGUCCGCCGUCUGAUGUAAUUGGGAAUUUGAUUGGUGGACAUGUUGACAUAUCAGACUACAGACCACUGAAGAGAAAAGGACCCAAACUGUUGAACACUUAACUGACUGGCUGAAGACGUCAGCGUCCGUCCACUCACUGUUUACAGAGUUUAUAUAUGAAAGAACACACAGUUAGUGUUGAUUAAUACCAUUUUUUUAUUUCGAUUAUGUUUUUUUAUUAACUCACAGGUAUUUUUACUGAAUCUGCACCCAGUCUUACUGUUGCUGAUUAAUUUUUUCUGCCCCUUAUUUUUUUAAUUUAUUUAUGGAUUUGUCCUUUCUCAGCAUUUUCCUUGGAAAAUGGAAGUUAUCUUAGUUAGUUUAGUUAGUUGUGUUGAAAUUAUAAGCAGCUGCUGCUCCAUUUAAAUCCAAGAAAAUAUUCAUUUAUUAUUCAUUGUUUGUUGGAAACUUAAUUUGCCCUAUGUGUUGAAUUAUUCAUAUAGAGCUGUCCUGUGCUAUCCUGGCAUUUAAUUGUAAUUAUUAAUGAAUUGUUUUUUGUACCGAUUAAAAAUUCAGAUUAUUCCGAGGAAAGUUUCUGGGGAAUAACAGAGAUCACACAAUAAAAUGUUGCCUUUAAUUGUUGUGUUCUGAGAAACAGCCUGCUCUAGUCUGUAGUUUUGUUCUUUUGACUGUUUAUUUUCUGUUCUGUCGAUGUGUGGGUGAGUUAAAUGGGAACGUACAGUAAUAUAUUGGAAAUGGCUGUAGAUGUUGUACGUAUACGUGUAAGUAUUUUGUUCUUCAUCCUGUGUUUGAUCGCAGAAAACGACACUGCACUCAAUCUGUAAUGUGAUCAGUUGGGGAAUUUUUUUGCCACAUGAAAGUGUCACUUUGAUUAAAAACAAUUUAAAAUAGUA